GUGAGAGCAAAGAAGCACAUAGAAAACACAAAAGCAUCCUGCACGAUACCAACUAAGCUUUACCCUCACAAUCCUAUACCCAAUCCCUUCACACCACACGGAUCGCUUACGUGGCAUUUAAUUUUCCAAAAUCCCGCCUAAACCCCUCAAUUUCAUUUCGUGUGCAAUUGAAUUUUAAUUUCCCUCACGCUUAAUAUCUCCGCUCUUCGCCCCUUCAAGCAUCCCCUUACAAUUCGCACUAUCCUCUUUAUAUUUUAUUAUUAUUUUCUCCCUUGCCUUCCAACCCUAACCCUAACCCACCAACCCUGAUUCGCCAUGAAAGGAGGUAAAUCGAAGUCAGAUACCAAAGCCUCCAGGCUUUCCGUGAACAAGAAACCCGCCAAGCCAACUAAGAAAUCUGGCAAGGCAGCUAAGGACCCAAACAAACCUAAGAGGCCGGCCAGCGCUUUCUUCGUUUUUAUGGAGGAGUUUAGAGAGCAGUAUAAAAAGGAACACCCUAAAAACAAAUCUGUUGCUGCUGUCGGCAAAGCUGGCGGAGACAAAUGGAAGUCAUUGUCUGAAGCUGAAAAAGCUCCUUAUGUGGCCAAGGCUGAGAAGAGGAAGGUCGAGUAUGAGAAGAAAUUGAAAGCCUAUAACAAGGGACAGGCUGAAGGACCCAAGGAAGAAGAGGAGUCUGAGAAGUCGAUGUCGGAGGUGAAUGAUGAAGACGAAGAUGAUGAGGAGGGCAGUGGAGAGGAAGAAGAUGAUGAUUAGGAGCUGGCAGGAAGUAUAUCAUAGUCAUGUAGGCGGUGACUUGGAACAACUCAUGUUAAUGGGAAUAUUUGCUUGUUAAUUUUUGUUGCUUUUGUCUUCUAAGAGGAGGAUGUCCCUGCCUCAUCUUAUUGUCUCCUCUUUUUGGGAAAAAAAAAAGGUUUAAUAGCUGUAGAAGGGAGAUUGCAUCUGCUUACUGUGCACCAAAAUUAAUGAUUUAGCUAAGUUGUUAUCUUUUGUAGAGAA